AUGAUCUUAUGCCCAUGUGUGAAGUGCAUAAAUCAAUUGUUAAAGACUCGGGAAGAAGUGUUUGAAGAUCUCAUAUUGAAUGGAUUUCUAAGGAGUUACACAAUUUGGAGUUUCCAUAGAGAAGCUUCAACUUCAAAUACAGAUCCGGAUGUACAUAAUGUGGUAUGUGAUGAAGGUGAUAGGUUUGAUAGCACACAAAACAUGUUAAAUGAGUUAUGGGGGAGAGAUGCACUUGAAGCAACUGAGAAUCGUGCCACAGGUGAGCCUGUAAUGGGGCAAAAUAUUGAGGCAGAGAAGUUCAAGAGAUUAAUGGAAGAUGCAAAGCAAGAAUUAUAUCCCAGAUGCAAUAAGUUUACUAAGUUGUCCUUCCUUAUUCAGCUAUAUCAUAUAAAGUGCCUCUGCAAUUUGAGUGACAAAGCCUUCUCAAUGUUGCUAGACUUAUUAAGAGAGACACUGCCAGAGCAAAAUACAUUGCCAAAUUCCUUGUACGAAGCAAAGGAGAUUAUUAAAGAACUAGGACUCAAUUAUGUAAAGAUUGAUGCAUGCAGCAAUGACUAUACGUUGUAUUGGAAGGAAUCAGCCACUGCCACCUCUUGCAAAAUAUGUGGCACAUCAAGGUAUGAGAAAAGAGAAAAUAAAGGCAAGAAAAUCCCUGUUAAGAUAUUACGUCAUUUUCCUCUGAUCCCAAGGCUGCAAAGGUUAUACAUGUCUACAAAAAUAUCUUCUAGUAUGCGAUGGCAUCAUGAACAACGUGUUGAUGACCAACGGUUACGACACCCAACUGAUUCUAAAGAAUGGAAGGACUUCGAUAUGCGGUAUCCAUAUUUUAGUAAGGAUCCUCGUAAUGUGAGGCUUGGUCUAGCAAGUGAUGGAUUCAAUCCGUUUAAGACGAUGACUUUAACGCACAGCAUGUGGCCUAUUAUGGUGGUGCCAUACAACUUACCCCCAUGGAUGUGCAUGAAGCAACCCUUCGUCAUUCUUACAUUGCUUAUACCUGACCCAAAACAACCCGGGAACAAUAUGGAUAUAUAUUUGCAGCCUUUAAUAGAAGAAUUAAAAGAGUUGUGGCAUAAUGGUGUUGAGACAUAUGACGUAUAUAAGAAGGAGACAUUUAAGUUACAUGCAUGCUUGUUAUGGACCAUUAAUGAUUUUCCAGCAUAUGCAAACCUAUCGGGUUGGAGCACUAAAGGUGCAUUGGCUUGUCCUUGUUGCAACAAGGAUACCUCAUCUCGUUGGCUGAAAUAUGGGGGAAAACAUUGUUAUUUGGGCCAUCGUCGAUUCCUUCCCAGUGAUCACAGAUUUCGGCGUGAUAGGAGAACUUUUGAUGGCCAUGAAGAACAUAAAGGUCAGCCAGAGCCACUUUCUGGGUAUGAAGUGUUAGAACAACUUGAGGGUGUUCAAUUUCCCCCAUUUGGAAGGGAUGAUGAUGGAAAGAAAGGAAGGAAGAGGAAACGAAGUUUGAAACAGCCCGAUCUCCCACUAAACUGGAAGAAAAAGAGUAUAUUUUUUGAUUUGCCUUACUGGAAAGAUCUUAUAGUCCAUCAUAAUUUAGACGUUAUGCAUAUUGAGAAGAAUGUCUGUGACAGUAUUAUCGGCACAUUGUUGGAUCUUAAAGAUAAAACCAAAGAUACUAUGAAUGCAUGCCUUGAUUUGAAAGAUAUGCAUAUACGACCAGAUUUGCAUCCACAGAUUAUUGAAGGAAAGAAUAAAGUGUUUAUUCCCUCUGCUUGCUACAGUUUGUCUACUAAGGACAAGGAUGUGUUUUGUACACUUAUAAAUAGUGUCAAGGUUCCAGACAGUUAUGCUAGUAAUAUUGCACGGUGUGUGCAAGUCAAAGAACGGAAAAUAUCAGGAAUGAAGAGCCAUGAUUGUCAUAUUCUGAUCCAACAAAUUCUACCAGUGGCCUUGCGCAAUAUUUUACCUAAGAAUGUUAGAUCAAUCUUGAUGGAAUUAUGUCAAUAUUUUCGGGAUAUAUGUGAUAAAGUUGGUAAAGAGGAUGACUUCAAGAAACUUGAAGAAAGCAUUGUUGUAACACUUUGCAAUCUAGAAAGGAUAUUCCCACCUGGAUUCUUCAAUAUAAUGGUGUAUUUGAUUAUACAUUUAGCAUUCGGGGUAAGGAUGGCUGGUCCAGUCCAAUAUCGUUGGAUGUACCCCAUUGAAAGGUUCCUUAAGCAACUCAAAAACUACAUGCGCAAUCGUAGCCAUCCAGAAGGUUCAAUAGCAGAAGGUUACCUUGCAAAUGAGUGCCUAAUUUUUCUAUCUAGAUACUUCGAAGGUGUAGAAACAAUAUUUAAUCGCCCGGCUAGUAAUACAGGAUCAAUAGAAGUAGAAGAUUCACUCUGUUUAAUUCCAAGCUAUGGUAAGCCUCUAGGGAAGUGUGAGAUGAUUCGAUUAGACAUGAUGGAAAGGAUCCAAGCACAUCGAUAUAUUCUAAUGAAUUAUGACGGCAUAAAAAGAUACCGUGCACAACAUUACGAGAAAAUCAUGAGGGAUUUAGGUCGUAGAGCGGAACCAUGCAAGGUUAAGGAUUCACAUGCUCGGAAGUUUCCCAAAUGGUUUAAUGAGCAUAUUAUGAAAUUAUGCCGAAGUGGGGUUGAGGUGCUUGAACAUAUUAGAUUGCUAGCCAGUGGUCCUAAGUUUGAGGCAAGAAGUUAUACGGGUUACUUAAUUAAUGAGAUAAUGUUUCACACCAAAGCACGUGAAAGUAAUAGAAAAACUCAGAAUAGUGGGUGUGAUUGGGCUAAUAGUGAAAAAAGAUUAAUGAAAGAUGAGCACGGAUUCACCCUAGUGAAUUUCAAUCAUUUAAUGGAUACUGGUCAAAAUGAGCUUGAUGAUCCCUUUAUAUUUGCUUCACAAGCAGAGCAAGUGUUUUAUGUGCCAGAUCCCCUCAAGCCAGAUUGGCAUGUUGUCAUAAAGACAAAGGUGUCAGCAAAGAAAAACAUGCAUGCUGGACGUAACAGUGUACCUCGUAGGGAGGAGUUGCAUACCCAACCUGUGGUUGUUGAACAACAAUCUAAUGUCUGA